GGGUCUGGGCAGCUGCAUAAAAGGCGUGCCUUGAGCCGGGGCUGGCAUAUCCCAGCUGAGCAUACACUGAGAAUACGAGCGAGCUGCGAGCUAAGGUCACCGCAGAACCAGCCACCAGCCCAUAGCCACGAGCCGAGAUCAGAGCGAGAUCCAGGACUCCAGAGGGCACAGCAGCACCGCCAGCACCGCCAGCACCGCCAGCACCGCCAGCACCUCCGUGUCUCCCGGCACCUGCAGCCCCCGCUUCUGUCCAGCCUCAGGAGAGAGAAGACAAGAGGUCCUCCAGAAGUCAUGUCCGCCCCCAAGGGACCCGCCAUCGGCAUCGACCUGGGCACCACCUACUCCUGCGUGGGCGUGUUCCAGCACGGCAAGGUGGAGAUCAUCGCCAACGACCAGGGCAACCGCACCACGCCCAGCUACGUGGCCUUCACGGACACCGAGAGGCUGGUCGGGGAUGCGGCCAAGAACCAGGUGGCCAUGAACCCCCAGAACACCGUGUUCGAUGCCAAGCGGCUGAUCGGCCGCAAGUUCUCGGACGGCGUGGUCCAGGCAGAUAUGAAGCACUGGCCGUUCCAGGUGGUCAGCGAGGCCGGGAAGCCCCAGGUGCGAGUGUCCUACAAGGGGGAGAGCAAGGCCUUCUACCCGGAGGAGAUCUCGUCCAUGGUGCUGAGCAAGAUGAAGGAGACGGCCGAGGCGUACCUGGGCCAGCCGGUCAGCAGCGCUGUCAUCACGGUGCCCGCCUACUUCAACGACGCCCAGAGGCAGGCCACCAAGGAUGCCGGGGCCAUAGCCGGCCUCCACGUGCUGCGGAUCAUCAACGAGCCCACGGCGGCAGCCAUCGCCUACGGGCUGGACAGGGCCGGCUCGUCGCGGGAGAGGAACGUGCUCAUCUUCGAUCUGGGCGGCGGCACCUUCGACGUGUCCAUCCUCACCAUCGACGGGGGCGUUUUUGAGGUGAAGGCCACGGCCGGGGACACCCACCUGGGCGGGGAGGACUUUGACAACCGCCUGGUGAACCACUUCGUGGAGGAGUUUAAGCGCAAGUUCAGGAAGGACAUAAGCCAGAACAAGCGCGCCCUCAGGAGGCUCCGCACUGCCUGCGAACGGGCCAAGCGCACCCUGUCGUCCAGCAGCCAAGCCAGCCUGGAGAUCGAUUCCCUGUACGAGGGCACCGACUUCUACACCAGCAUCACCCGCGCUCGCUUCGAGGAGCUCUGCUCAGACCUGUUCCGCGGAACCCUGGAGCCGGUGCAGAAAGCCCUGGGCGACGCCAAGAUGGACAAGAGCCAGAUCCACGACGUGGUGCUGGUGGGGGGCUCCACGCGGAUCCCUAAAGUCCAGAAGCUGCUGCAGGACUUCUUCGAUGGCAAGGAGCUGAACAAGAGCAUCAACCCGGACGAAGCCGUGGCCUACGGGGCGGCGGUGCAGGCGGCCGUGCUGACGGGAGACAGCUCGCACAAGGUGCAGGAUCUCCUGCUCCUCGACGUGACCCCGCUGUCCCUGGGUCUGGAGACAGCCGGCGGGGUGAUGACGCCGCUCAUCCAGAGGAACUCCACCAUCCCCACCAGGCAGACCCAGACCUUCACCACCUAUUCGGACAACCAGCCCGGGGUCCUGAUCCAGGUCUACGAAGGGGAGAGGGCCAUGACCCGCGACAAUAACUUGCUGGGCACGUUUGAGCUGGGGGGCAUCCCUCCUGCGCCCCGCGGCGUCCCCCGAGUGGAGGUGGCCUUCGACAUCGAUGCCAACGGCAUCCUGAACGUCUCGGCCACCGACAAGAGCACCGGCAAGGCCAACCGCAUCACCAUCACCAAUGACAAGGGCCGGCUGAGCAAGGAGCAGGUGCAGAGGAUGCUGCAGGAGGCCGAGAAGUACAAGGCUGAGGACGAGGCUCAGCGGGACAGGGUGGCUGCCAAGAACGCCCUGGAGGCUUAUGCCUUCCAGGUGAAGAGCGCCGUGCAGGAGGAGUCUCUCCAGGACAAGAUCAAGGAGGAAGACAGAAGGAGGGUGCUGGACAAGUGCCAGGAAGUCCUCUCCUGGCUGGACGCCAACCAGCUGGCAGGCAAGGACGAGUAUGAGCACCGCAGGAAGGAGCUCGAGCGCCUGUGUCACCCCAUCAUGGCCCAGCUCUACCAGGCACCGCCUUCACAGGGAGGGAGCAGCUGUGGGGCCCAGGCCCGGCAUGCCAGCUCCACCUCUGGGCCCAUCAUUGAAGAGGUGGAUUAAGGCACCUUGGCUGGCCAGCAAGCCCAAAUGCUGCUCAUGCCCCCCCAGACUCUGCUCUUUCCCCAACUCCUGUCACUGGGCAGCUCUCUUCCUACCAGCCCCCUCCCUGGGGUCAGCCACCCUUUGGCUUUGCCAGAGAACUCCACUCCUCUCUUCUCUUCUCUUCUCUUCUCUUCUCUUCUCUUCUCUUCUCUUCUCUUCUCUUCUCUUCUCUUCUCUUCUCUUCUCUUCUCUUCGGGACAAGCGGAAGACUGCUGUCUCUUCAGCUCCUUGUCCUAUGACUGUAACCUGUAUCUGCUUUGUUCUUUGCCUCUUGGAAUUGUUUUUUAUCAAAGACAUUUGUAUUAUUUAUUCAGAAAAUGACAAUAAACGAUGAA